UUUUGUGUUACGGAACGUUCCAUCCUCGUCCGUCUAAAGAUGGCGCAGUAUAUGAACGUAGUCCGAAGGGCUUUGGGACAAAUAGGAGGUCAUGGAGGAGUUAAAGGUUUUCUCGUCCAGUUAUUCAGGGUGAAUGAUGUGAAGACGGGAGCCCUGAUUGGAGUGGAUAAAUAUGGAAACAAAUACUUUGAGGACAAGAAGAACUACUUCUUCGGACGUCACCGCUGGGUGAUCUACACAACAGAGAUGAACGAAAACACCAUGUGGGAGGUGGACGGCAGCAUGGUGCCAGCUGAAUGGCACCGCUGGCUGCACUGCAUGACAGAAGACCCCCCCACCACGCACCCACCAGAGCCUAAGAAGUUCCUGGCUGAGGUCCAUCAGUUCAACGUCAGCGGUACCUCCCAGCAAUAUGUGCCCUACUCCACUACCACCAAGAAGAUCCACGAGUGGAUCCCACCAAAAGCAGGAGCUCAGUGAACUCUCUGACCACCUGUUUGUAAAUUAUGUUACCCUGCCAUGUCCUCAAUAAAAAAAACUCUAUACAGACGA